AUGGCGUUUCAUCGGUCUCGUCUCAUCAUCACGCUUCUUCUCUUUGCAUUUGCUGAAGCUUCUGCAUCCCAACUGCUCAGCGCCAAAGUCUCUUGCUUUGAUUGUACCAUUCCCAGCCAAUAUCUCUCUCAGAUCAAGGUCUCAGUGAAGUGCGAGAAUGUGAGAAAAGUGGCAGUGGCAACCACAAAAGACGAUGGCUCCUUCAAAGCGGACCUUCCAAGAGACCCCAAAAACUGCGUAGCAGAACUGCUUGGAGGACCCAGUCAGCUCUAUGCUUCAGAGAAAGACAAAGUGUCCCCAGUCGUGAAGGGCACAGAGCCCAACACCUAUACCAUUUCCACGCCCCUUGGCUUCCUUACAUCUUGCCCUAAGAACUCACUCUGUGAGGCCGCGAAGCAGUUUGGUGCGUCAGAAACCUUCGAUCUUCCUCUUCCUCCGGAGUGGGGCUUCGCACCUUCUAGCUACUACGUCCCUUUCUUCCCCAUCAUUGGAAUCCCUUAGUCAUUGUCUCAUCAUUAUAUUAUAACAAAUGUGUGGUUAUUAUAUAUGUGUUUAUGGUUAUGUACUCGCACUACAGAACGUGCGAUUUUAUACGUUGUAUUGUUCUAUAUGAUGAAGCUGUCGGCUUCGUUAUUUAAUACUCUCUUGUGCGCUUUAUCUUCUCCAA